AAAGUUUCUUUCUUUACAAUCCUUCAAAGACAUUGCCUAGCAAUGGAGAGUUGCUCCCUACAUUCACAAACUGUAACCACAGUUCCAUCUUCCCCAUCCCUAAGUGGGUUCAUUGAAAAACCUUUUGUACAUGGUCAGCUCAUCAAAUUUCCCUAUUCCAAGAGAUACCCACAUGCCAGAAAGCUAAAAUUUUUUAAUGACAGAGCUCAAGCCUCAGGCACAACAAAGGUCCGGUCAGAGGCAGUUGGAGCGGUGUCAAAGAAAGAAGAUUUGAAAGAUGAAAAUCUUGUAUUUGUUGCUGGAGCUACUGGUAGAGUUGGUUCACGAACAGUGAGGGAGCUUUUGAAACUUGGGUUCCAAGUCAGAGCUGGCGCGAGGAGUGCUCAGAGAGCAGAAACUCUUGUGCAAAGUGUUAAACAAAUGAAGCUAAAUGUUGAAAAUGCAAGUGAUGGAACUCAGCCUGUAGAAAAGCUUGUACUUGUGGAAUGUGACCUAGAGAAACAAGAUCAGAUUGGGCCAGCAUUAGGCAAUGCAUCAGUAGUCAUAUGCUGCAUUGGUGCCAGUGAGAAGGAGGUCUUUGAUAUCACUGGACCAUAUCGAAUCGACUACCUGGCUGCCAAAAACCUUAUUGAUGCAGCAACUGUUGCCAAAGUUAAACACUUCGUUUUACUUACCUCACUGGGAACAAAUAAGGUUGGGUUUCCUGCUGCUAUUCUGAAUUUGUUUUGGGGAGUCCUGAUUUGGAAAAGAAAGGCAGAAGAGGCACUACUAGCCAGUGGACUUCCCUACACUAUAGUGAGACCUGGAGGCAUGGAGCGGCCUACUGAUGCCUACAAGGAAACUCAUAAUAUAACCCUCUCACAGGAAGAUACUUUAUUUGGUGGCCAGGUGUCAAACCUUCAGGUGGCAGAGCUUAUGGCAGUCAUGGCCAAAAACCGCAGCCUUUCAUACUGCAAAGUAGUGGAGGUAAUUGCAGAGACAACUGCACCAUUGACUCCCAUGGAGGAGCUUCUUGCAAAGAUACCAUCUCAACGUGCUGAAAUUUACUCACCAAAGGAAUCAGGUGCUGCAGGUGGGCCUGGUUCAUCACCAUCUAAGACUGUCGAGUCCAAGGAAUCAAGCACUCCCAUCAAGAAAGAUCCUUCUGGUGCAAAAGCAUUGGCAACAGAACCACUCUCUCCUUAUGUUGUUUAUGAUGAUCUGAAACCACCUGUAUCUCCUACUCCAACUCCACCUGUUGGUCAGAAAACUAUAAACAUUAUCAAUGAUGUACUUUCAAAGCCUGAUACUUCAGAUACUGAAACAAGUGCAACAGGGAUGAAAACUGGCACCACUGAGACAAAACCUGCCCCAGAAGAACGCCCAAUUAAAAGGCCUCUUUCACCUUAUGUUGCAUAUGAUGACCUUAAGCCUCCCACAUCACCGUCUCCUACUGUACCAACUGCAUCACCCCUUCCAACAUUGGAGGUAGAUGGCCAUUCCAACAUGGCUAAUUUGUCAAUCAACAACAUAGCUCUGUCUCCAAUGGAAGAUAAACCAAGGGAGCAGCAUCACACAGGACCAAAUCCAAGUCCACUUUCACCUUUUACUAUGUAUGAUGACUUGAAGCCUCCAACUUCCCCAAUCCCAUCCCCAAGGAGAUCUUAGAGAAAUAACUACCAAUCACUUUCAACAAGAACCAUUGAAGUAUAUCGCAAUGUUGCACUGUGGAGUCUAUACAGGUUUACUUGUAAUUAAUGAAGAGGCAAGCAACUGAGAUUCCGGGAGUAGCUUCUGAGGAUAAUUCUUGUUUAUUGCCAACGUUGAUCCUUACCUACAAUUAUUCCUUUUCUACAUUUUUCUUCCUUUUCUAUUCAAGAUGUGAAACAGCAAGUUCAGCUUGACUUAACUGAAUAAUAAUAAUCGAUGUUUCUAAUAGUUUCUUAUAACAUCUUUCUCUUCUUUUGUUCUGUGAUACUCUGCACCUAUCAAACUCCCUUGAGUUGUAAAAGAUAUUUAGCAUGAUUGAUAUGCAACAAACGUGGUGGUGUCAAUGCUGAGACUGCCUGAGUUGGUUAGCCUAA